GCACCGGGCAGCGUACGGGUUUAAUGUAUCAGUAUAUAUCUCAGCUAUACGUUAUGAAGGAUAUGCCCCAGCGUACCCCAGAACUUGACAGAAUUACCCUCUCAAAGCCUUCUACCUGUGUGCAUUUGUUGUCCCUCUGUGGCGGCUAUCUUACCUCAAUAAGCUCAGCCGACCUUCACGUCCGGUCCUUCAGUCGUGUUCAAGGCUAAAGAAGUGCGCUAUUAGGUAGCUUCCAUCUGCCCGUUUGCUUGUCGCCUUGUCUACUUUCAUCACAUCUCGUUUAUUCAAUUUUCACAGAAAAAGUUCUCGCUCACUGCCAAAAUAAAAUACACGGCCAAAAAAGAUAAACCCCUGUGUUUUUGUUAGACCUCUGUCCAUGCCGCAACGAUAA